AAAGCAUUCAGAGAGGGAAUGAGAGCUGCAUUGUGCUUCUUUGCAGCUGGGAUCCUUCUCCCCCUUCCUUUUUUCCAUUCUUUUUUCUGUAUCUCUCUCUCUCCAUCCCCCACAUUUGUUCCCUCUGUAUCCCAGAGCAAACUUCUUACUCAGGAAGAUGAGAGUUUUAAGGAUUCAGAGAGUAUCCCUGGUGAUUGUGGGCAUUUUGCUGACAAGCAUAGUAACUCCGGUUAGGUCUGGAAAAGAACACGACGGGGAACUGGAACUAGAGGAGGAACUUGCAGCAAAAUCUACUGAACCUAUAAGGCUUCGAGCAAAACGAGGAUCACAACAAGAGCCAAGAAAGAGUCAGGUGGCAUUAGGGUACCCAAGGCUUAUCAAUCCACCACCAAGUAGAACGCCUAUGCUCAAUCAGAUUCUGAAUGAUACAUCCAUAACUUCUACCUGGCACCCACAGUUACAGAACCCACUAUAUCCUUUAGGUGAAAGUUCGUUUAGUGCCUAUGGUGUGCUGUUGCUAUCCUUGGUGGUUUUUGCUGUUGGCAUCAUUGGCAACCUAUCAGUAAUGUGCAUUGUGUGGCAUAGCUUAUAUUUAAAGAGUGCCUGGGACUCUAUAUUGGCCGGUCUUGCACUCUGGGAUUUUAUGCUACUCUUCUUCUGUUUACCAGUGGUCGUCUUCCAUGAAAUAACUCGACAUAGACUGCUUGGUGUGGUAUCCUGUCGGGCUGUGCCAUAUAUGGAGGUUUCCUCCCUUGGAGUUUCAACAUUCUCACUAUGUGCUUUGGGCAUUGAUCGAUUCCAGUCAAUCACCUCACCUCAGGUGGCACCCCGACCAGUGGAAGGAUGCCAGUCCAUUCUGGGCAAACUAGCCGUAAUCUGGUUGGGGUCGCUGAUACUUGCCCUUCCAGAGAUACUCCUGUGGCAAUUCACACAAGAGCAGUCCCCAGGGUCCAACAUUGUUAUUGAUACAUGCAUUAUGCUUCCUGCCCCCAAUCUACCACCAGUUUUGCAUUCUCUUGUUCUUACCUACCAGCAUGCACGCAUGUGGUGGUUCCUGGGAUGCUACUUUUGUCUUCCCCUUCUGUUCACCAUUACCUCUUUGCUGGUGACACUUCGUAUUGUUGGAACAACAAAGGACAUCAAGUAUGGACAGUGCCAACGACAGCUUAGCUGGAUAGUUGCAAGUCUGGCUACAGUAUAUGGUGUCUGUACUCUUCCUGAAAAUAUCACUAAUGCCAUAAUCACUUAUACAAGCUUGGAUGUUCCAAGGGAUCUGCUGUCACUUAUCACUCAGUUCUUCUUGUUCUUGAAGUGUGCAGUGACACCAGUUCUGCUUCUAUGUCUCUCCAAACAGCUGGGGCAGGCCUUCCUGGAUUGCUGCUGCUGUUGUUGUGAAGAGGCAGUUAGGUCAGACUCAAAGCAACACGCUAUAUCAGAGAGGAAGGAACCUGCAGAGGAGCCGCUGACUCUUCCAUACAAUACAAGGGAGUCAGAGCUUCAUCUGGGAACACCAUGUUAAGAGAAAGAGGGGGACAAUAAAUGUAUGUGUAAAUACAGCAUAUAUGUACAGUAUAUGGUCUAGUAAAAGAACCCUACAAUAUGAUAUGAGAGAUGCAGGAUGCAGCAUUGCAGAGAAAAAGAAAGGAAGUGCGCAUAACUUGCAUUGGCACAGGCAAGCAUGCAAUGCACUAUGAGUCGACUGUGUGCGUAAGACAGAAACAUGUGUAGCUAUGGCAAUGGGAGCAGUAAUUAAAUAUGAGUUAAAUCAUUUGAAAGCAUAUGCAACAUAUGGCAUUGGAAUUAGAUGCUCAGUCUGGCAUAUUGUAAAAAAAAAAAAAAGCUUAAUAGCAUGUUUUCUUAAAUAAGAUUUCAUUUUAUACUUUAGCCUUUGACAAUAAACAAUAAUUUCUUGUAA